AUGAAGUGCUUGGGUGCUGUCUGCUUGCUACUCCACAUUCGUGGCUUUCAUGGUCGCAGCUGGUGGUGCGAAACGAGCAGCCGCACUGGCUGCCGCGGAACCCCGAGGCAGUUCAUCCGACUUGCCCCCCACGGCCACGUCCCACCGCUGGGUGACAUUGCAACAGAUGUCACUGACGAACCUAUCGUUGUGGACUGGAACAACGACGGCCAGUUGGACGUGAUUCUCACAAACCUGCUUGGCACGCGCCUGUGGGAAUUGAAGUCCGGCAUCUAUGUGGAAACAGAGCCCAACCCUUUCGAAGGAAUUCGCGCUGGAGAAUGCAGACCUGCAGUUGUGGACUGGAACGGUGACGGUUUCUUGGACCUCCUCGUAGGAACAGAAGAUGGCAUCAAGCACUAUGAAAGGCGGGGUGGCAAGCUGGAGGACAUUACUGGCCAGAGUCCAUUCCAGGGCCUAGGCGUAGGACGUGGUUGUAGCAACCCUGCGAUUGCGGAUUUGGAUGGUGAUGGGGACAAUGACCUCAUGAUCGGGCGUGUGUCCGAGUACCUCAGCUACUUCGAGCAGACUUCUGAUGGCAGAUUUGUGGCCCGCAGCAGCCCAGUUGGUGACAUCGAUUUAGACAGACCCAUGCUUGCUGACUGGGAUGGCGACGGGCGCAUGGACGUGAUGUUCCUGGAAGAGUUUAACCGUCGAGUGCCCAGGAUGUUUGCGGCCAGCCUUGCCCAGAGCGAAACCUGCUGUCCGGUGCACAUUUUCUUGCAGAAAGCCGCCGGCAACUUCACUCGAGUGGAUAGCCUUCACGGGCCGUCUACGCCAGGCUUUGGUUGCAGGAACUUCGGUUGUAUGGGGUUUUCGCUUGUUGACCUGGACAACGAUGGUGACUUGGAUGCAGUAUUCGGCCAGCCGUUUUCAGGCCACAUGCUCAAACAUUUUGAGCACAGACUCCGGCCAGAUCAGCCACUAGAUUAUCUGGCAGAGCCAUCUGAAACGCAGUCGGACUCCGUGCACAUCGAUAUGCUCCGACUUCCGUACAAGCGUGUGGGUGCUGUGGUUACGGUGUCGCCAGUUCUGGCAGACUGGGAUCUCGACGGGGAUCUUGAUCUGGCUCUGUUGGACUGGGCAUACCCAGAGCAAUCCCGCUUCUUUGAGCACCAAGCCGACGACAAGGUCUCCGAGCUACGGGGGCCGCCUCUGCAGAACAGUUCUUGCCCUGUCGACCUCCGUGUUCGUUUCGGCAUGCCUGAUGUGGACGGCGAUGGCAAGGCAGACUUGGUCGGCUUUGGUGAAACCAUUUUUGGGAUGUGGCGGCCGGUGGCCUGUGUCCAAAAAUUUUCUGAGUUUGUCCCAGUAGCGCCGGAGUCUGAUCCAUUUCCGUUCGCCACCUGGUCGAAAAUUCUGCGGGACACUGUCCCAACAUUUUUGGAUUGGGAUGGUGAUGGAGAUGUGGACUUCUUAAGGAUAGCGGAGGAGAUUGACAAUAGCCUGAUACUGCUCGAGCAGCUGCCUGAUGCUAGGUGGGUCAGCCAUACACUGCCAGUGCCUCGGGCCCGUGACUUUGCUGUUGGAGACUUUGACGGGGACGGUGACAUUGACCUCGUCAUUGCUGCCUACGAACAGUAUCACUGUCGCUACUUCGAGCGGAGGGCCGAUGGAGGUCUGGCAGAGAUCGUUGAUCGGGACAACCCGUUCAGCGCAUUUUGCGGGCUCGUUGAUGGAAUACUUUCAUCCCCGUUCUCAACGAUUGCCAUGGGAGAUUGGAACAUGGAUGGAGAGAUGGACAUGCUUCGGGUGGAGCGAAGCAAAGUGACGUUGUGGAUUAACAGUCCCAUGGAUGAGUUCAUCGAGCAAACCGGCAAGAAUAAUCCGCUCCCAGAUGAUGAUCUACCAUCAGAUGUCAGUCUGGUUGAUGUGGAUGCAGAUGGCGAUUUGGACUUGGUAUUGACGACGAAAUUUGCCAUUGGGAAAUCUCUAUGGACAUACCUCGAGCACAGACCCAAUGGAAAGCUCUUCAAGCAUCCCAGCACGAAUCGAUUUACUCAGGUGCCGGUAGCGCAUGAAGACAGUGGUGGUAGCAAAAGCAUGACAACAGUGGCUGAUGUAGAUGGUGACGGGCUGUUGGACGUGGUCUAUCCAAACCUCGAGUAUGCAAAGCAGCAUUCAAAUGGGAGCUUCAGCCUGCUCACAGGGCUGGACAAUCCGUUUCACAGCGUGCCGACCAAUUCCGAUUGUUGCUGGACGCUGGUUGACUGGGACAAGGAUGGCGACUUGGACUUGGUGCAGUUCUACCGGAAUGACUCAAGGUUAGACACCAUGAACGAUGCUGUUGAAGCGCUUACGGAGCACUUCCAGCACAUGCACCUGUACGAGCAAGCAAACGGCAGCUUCUCAGAGAUCGAGGGUGCAGCGAGCCCGUUUUACAGCAUGAACUUCCGUCCCCCUCCUGAGUCUAUGUUUGUUUGUCCUGCCUUGUUCGACUUCGACGGCGAUGGCAACCUGGAGCUGGCGUUGGUGGAUUCGAAGGGGUCCUUUUUCUACUUCGUGAAUGAAGGAGGCAACUUCACUUUGGCUCCUUCCAGCCCCUUCGGCAACGUGCGGAUCGAACCUCCUGCACGGGAACUGCACCAUCUCCGCCCUGUCCAUAUUUGGCUAGUGGAUUGGGAUGGGGACGGCUUGGAUGACCUGGUAGUACGUACGAAGACAAGAAUGCAGUACUUUCGGAUGCAUGUGGGAAGUGCCCUGGCUAUGGCACCAAAGCGGGCGCUUGCAGCCGACGAGGAUGUGGAUGCGCGAGACAACGCCACGGCCAGCAAUCUCACAGGCUUCCAGGUCGUCGCAGCCAGAGGUUGUGCCCGCCAGGACAACGACCGGUACCGGGAAUGGGAGGCCUGUGCACCGUGCCAGCCGGGUCGCUACAAGAAGGAGAUGGGCAACGGCGAUUCUGGGAUUGUUCCAAUUGCCCUCUGGACCACGUCCCCGCUGCCGGCUGCCGACAAUGCCAGCUGCGUUCCAUGUGAGGCAGGCACCACUUCGCCUGGCAACCGGCAAGAGUGCAGUCCCUGCGAGGAAGGCUCCGUGGCCGUCCCGGGCAAGCGUUGCAAGGGCUGCCCGAAAGGCAGCGCCCCGAACGCGGCGCGGAGCGCGUGUGAGCCUUGCGGGGCUGGCCAGUAUGCGCCGGCCCGUUCCGUUCCGGACCCGCGCAACAGCAGGGGCAGCUAUGUGAAGUGCACGGGUCGAAAGUAUGCACGUCGUGGAGACGAAACUUGCCAGAUCUGCAGCUUUCCAUCGAUGAUCCUCUUUGAUACGAACUGGUGCACUUCCUUGUGGACUGCCCUGUUCCUGACUGCGUUCAUCCUCCUGGUGCUGUUGAUUCUGGGUGUCCUUGGGUUCAUCCGCCUCGCCUGCCUCAAGAAAAGGCUGGAUGCACACGUCAAAGCCAAGAGGUGGCCGGAGCUUUAUGCUACGCAGACCACCCUGGUGGAGUACGGCCUUUGGAGGAAUAAGGCUGUGGGACUCGUCGCUGCGUGCAAGGCCGAGGUCAAGGAAAAGUCGUUCCAGCUCGGAAUAUCUCUGCAGUACGUCUUCGACCAUUUGGAGCAGGUGUACACGGCCAAGGCGCAGGAGGCCGAGUGGCGCGUGGAUCAGUGGCCGUGUACUCGCAGUGGCUAUUCGGUGAAAGUCCGCAACUGCGGCAUCAAGCUGGAGGUCGACGAGGAGGAUGCGUGGAAGGCCUUGCCAGUCUGCGCGUAUCCCAGGAAUCCGAACUUCCACCAGGUCGCAAGCGUUUUGACUUACGGCCCCUGGGCCCUCGGCAAGAAUCAAUACUGCCCACGUGACGGACGAAGAGACUGUGGCGUCGUGGAUGCCUUACAGGGGUCGCAAAGUGGAAGGGCUACUUGGUUUAUGUCUUGGGCUUGGGGUUACGAGUUCGAGACGGUCUUGAAGGCACUGAAGAGAUGGUGGGCAAGACAGCAAGUCGUUUCAGGUGCAGCAGAUCAAGGUAGUGGUGGUGCCGGGAAGGUCUUCAUCUGGUGGUGUGUCUUCGUGAAUAACCAGUUUCGUAUGCUGGAAGAAGGUUUGACAGAGGAGGCGGGCAAUCUCUUUGAGGUCUUUGGCAAGAACCUUGAAGGGAUCGGCAAAAUGCUGAUGUGCAUGGACCGGCUGAAAGGUG